AGUAGAAUGAGCUCCAAGUGUGGCCAGUUGUGUUUCGAAAACUGGUUAAUUUUUUAUUUUAUUUUAUUUUAUUUUUUACUAAAAUGAGCUAUUUGGAUAUAUAGAUCACACUUGAGGAAACCAAAGAGAAAGACUAACUUUUUUUUCAAGAUGGCAUCAGGCAUGGGAGAACAAGCACAUGGUAGCAGGGCUUCCCAGGAAGACACAGCCUUUGACAUGACCACAAGUGAGAAGGUUGUGGAACUGCUAAACCAGGCUGCUCUCAUCUCCACUGAGGAAAAACUUAUUAUUCUCAAACAGGUGCAAGAAUUGAUUAUCAACAAGGACCCUUCAUUGCUCGAUAAUUUCCUGGAUGAAAUCAUCGCAUUUCAGACCGAUAAGUCAAUUGAGGUCAGAAAGUUUGUAAUCGGAUUCAUUGAGGAGGCAUGUAAAAGAGACAAUGAACUUUUGCUGAGGCUGAUUGCCAAUCUGAACAUGCUAAUGAGGGACGAGAGUGUGAAUGUGGUGAAAAAGGCAAUUCUGACACUCACUCAGCUGUACAAAGUGGCUUUACAGUGGCUGGUACGCACUAAGAUUGUCUCAGACAUGCAGGAGGCAUGUUGGGAUAUGGUGACCCAGAUGAAAGAAGAUGUUUUGGCAUUGCUGGAUUCUGAGAAUGACGGAGUCCGCACUCACGCCAUCAAAUUCAUAGAGUCCCUCAUCAUCACUCUGUCACCAAGGGCACCCGACUCCGACACACCCAAGAAGCAGGAAGGGGACAUAAGCCUGGACAAAAUCCCCAAAGAUCACACAUAUAUUCGUUAUGACACCUUAUGUGAGGAGGGGAAGUCUGCUCUGGAGCAGCUGUUAAAGUUCAUGGUGCACCCUGCCAUCUCCAGCAUUAAUCUAACCGCUGCACUGGGAUCACUGGCCACGUUGGCCAGACAGCGGCCCAUGUUCAUGUCUGAUGUGGUGCAAGCCUAUGAGACACUACAUGCUAACCUGCCCCCGACUCUGGCGAAGUCUCAGGUGAGUAGUGUGCGCAAGAACCUGAAGCUGCACCUGGUCUCUGUGCUGAAGCACCCCAGCAGUGUGGACUUCCAGGGCCAGAUCUCCACUCUACUGCUGGACCUCGGCAUGUCUCAGAGCGAGAUCACCCGCUGCACCCCUGCCACUGCACCGCCCCGUAAAAGACUCCAUAAUGAGCCUUAUGUUGAGGGCAAGAGGAUCAAAAUAGAGGCUGCUGUAGCAGAGGAUGAUGAAGAUAAAGAUGAACCAGCUCCAGUCAUCACCCCAAAACCCUCCUCCUCCGUUGGCACCCAAUCAGCUAUUGACCUCACUGCAGAGUUCCUGUUGCCUCUGCUUUCCCCAGAGAACGUGGCCAAUCUGGUGCUCAUUAGUAUGGUUUACCUGCCUGAAGCGAUGCCGGCCUCUUUCCAGGCCACCUACACACCGGUUGAAUCUGCAGGCACUGAUGCCCAGAUCAAACAUUUAGCCCGGCUGAUGGCCACACAGAUGACUGCAGCUGGCCUGGGACCAGGGUUGGAGCUGUUUAAGGCUCGGGAAGAAGUGAAGGAGGAAGAGGGAGGAGUGGGUGAGUCCAGCUCCAAAGAUCCUCUCAUCAUCCGCAAGCUGUCUGCAGUGUCCCUCGGUCAAGCCAUCUCAGUGGUGGGAGCCUACAAGAUCCCUGUCACUGAAGAGAUCCCUCAGAUCAAGAAACUUCCAGAGCCCAUACUGCCCACCACACAGCUUAAAGCUCCUGGUGCCAGUGGUAGAAAAAAGGUGUUCAAACUGGCAGAUGUGGUGCAGCCCUUUUCAGACGCUCAUAUAGAGAAACUGACCAACAUGGCCAUCAAGCGAAUCCUCCAAUCAGAAAAGAUCAUUGCACAGAGUGGAAUGUCUCAUGUCCGUGUGAAGCUGCUUGCUCGGUUGGUAACUCAGUUUGACAGGGGGAAGAAGAAUGACUUGUUACAGUUUGUCUUGGAGGACAUGCGCAGCAGAUGUGAACUGGCCUUCUCUCUGCUGUACCACGAGUAUAAUGAAUUCCUGAGUCAGGAGCCCUCGGGCUCUCUGGACAGCUAUGAGCACUGUCUGUUCACACUUCUCUCAGGCCUGCAGGAGAAACCUGAGCAGAGAGACGGGCUUUUCACCAAGCUUGUAUUGGAGGCUCCAGUCAUUACAGACUCUGCACUGGAGGUGAUACGGCGCUACUGCGAGGAUGAGUCUCGUGUAUACCUGGGCAUAUCCACUUUGAAGGAGCUCAUUCUGAAACGCCCAUCCAGACAGUUCCAGUACCUCAAUGUUCUUCUGAACCUCAGCUCUCAUGAAAAAGAAAAAGUGCGGACCACUGCCCUCUCCUUCAUCAAACGCAUGUAUGAGAAGGAACAUCUGAAGGACUGUAUUGAGAAGUUUGCUCUCACCUACAUGCAGUUUCUAGUCCACCCAAACCCCCCCUCUCUUCUGUUUGGAGCAGGAGAGGAUACAGAGGUGGCGGCUCCCUGGACAGAGGAGACUGUGCGACAGUGCCUGUACCUCUAUCUCUCUCUCUUGCCUCUCAACCAUCGACUGGUUCACGAGCUGGCUGCUGUUUACACUGAGGCCAUUGCAGAUAUCAAACGCAGUGUGCUGAGGGUCAUAGAACACCCUAUAAGAGGAAUGGGAAUGAACUCUCCUGACCUGCUGCUCCUGGUGGAGAACUGUCCUAAAGGAGCAGAGACGCUGGUCACUCGCUGUCUGCACAUACUCACUGAUAAAGUUCCUCCAUCUCCUGAGUUGGUGGAGAGGGUGAGGGAUCUUUAUCAUAAACGAGUGCCGGAUGUUCGCUUCCUCAUCCCAGUGAUCAAUGGUCUGGAGAAGACUGAGGUGAUCCAGGCUCUACCCAAACUCAUCAAGCUCAAUCCCAUCGUGGUGAAGGAGGUGUUCAACCGACUGCUGGGCACUCAACACAGUGAGGGCAGUUCCUCCAUGUCUCCUCUCACUCCUGGGGAGCUCCUCAUCGCCUUACACAACAUUGACUCAUCCAAGUGUGACAUGAAGUCAAUCAUCAAAGCCACUAACCUGUGCUUUGGUGAGAAGAAUGUGUACACAUCGGAGGUGCUGGCAGUGGUGAUGCAGCAGUUAAUGGAGCAGACGCCUCUCCCCAUACUGCUCAUGCGUACUGUCAUACAGUCUCUCACCAUGUAUCCUCGACUGGCUGGUUUUGUCAUGAACAUCCUGGCCCGACUCAUCCUCAAACAGGUGUGGAAGUAUCCUAAGGUGUGGGAGGGCUUUGUAAAGUGCUGUCAGCGCACCAAACCCCAGUCAUACAACGUGCUUCUCCAGCUGCCUCCAGCCCAGCUGGCUAGUGUGUUUGAGCGUUGCCCUGAGAUGAGGGAGCCCCUCCUACAGCAUGUGCACUCUUUCACCCCUCACCAACAAGCCCACAUUCCAUCCUCCAUAAUGGCUAUACUGGAAGCCAACAGCAGGAAGGAGGAGCCAGAACCACAACCUGAACCUGAACCUGAACCUCAGCAUCCAGAAAUAAUAGAAGAGAGAGAGGUGCACAUACCAAGGCAUGUUUCAGUGCCAGUAGCACAAGCAGAACCUCCAGCCCCGGCACCCGUAGCAUUCACAGAACCAGUACCACAACUGACCCCACCUGGGAGGGAAGAAGUUGAGGAGCCCAUGGAACAGGAAGAAACAGCCCAUGAUGAUCAAGAAGAUGCAUCUGAAGCAGCAUCACAGAUGGAGGUACCUGAAGAGGUAACCCACUCCAGCUUUGUUGAAGAAAAGGCAGAAGAACCCAUGGAAGAGUCGACUGCUAGCUCUGCUGAUGUGGCUGACCAACCGAAUGAUGUGUCUGAGGAUGCUGGCACAGAAACAGAGCCAGAGCCAGGAGAAAGCAAUGAGGAUUGAUGGCAUUUGAAAUGGACUGAAAAGAAGUUGCUGACUGUGUAGAUGGCAGCUGUCUUGUUCCUCGCUGCUUUUGUUCAAUGUACUAUGUUUCUGUGAACAAACACUUGAUUUCAGUAGCAGUACAUCUAGAGCAAAUAUAAUUUUAGAUUUUGAAUAUGAUUGUUUUAUUUUGAGGUUAUGACAUGUUAGAAUUAGUUUGAAAAUAAAUUGAUUUUGUAUGUGAAAUUUUCGUUUCUACAGUUAAAUGUCAUGUCCAACAAAUUAAACAUUCUUUGACAAGAAUGAGAAACAAAUUAGUGCUCUCCAUUUAUUUUCUGUAAUUAAAGCUUAUGGCUGAGUACGUUCAGUUUUGCAAAUUGCACGUCUAUAAACGUGAUUUUUAUCUUUAUUUUUACAUUGCUGUGAAAAAGUAUUUGCCUGAUUUCUUCUGUUUUUGUGUAUUUUUCAUACUAAACUGUUUUAGAUCUUCAAACGAGAUAUAACAUGAAACAAAGUAAACACAAAAUACUGUUUUUAAAUAUAUAUAUAUAUUUUUUUAUUGAAGCAAAAAUGUUAUCCAACACCUAUACCACCCAUGUGAAAAACUAUCUGCCCCCUUCAACUUAAUAGCAGGUUGUGCCACCUUUAGCAGCAACAACUGCAACCAAACGCUUCCGAUAACUGGAGAUCAGUCUUUCACAAUGUUGUGGUGGAAAUUUGUCCCACUUUUCUUUGCAAA